UCUCUGUGUCUCAUAGUAACGGUCACCUGCAGCAACGCACCGGGACAACCGGAGCUCUCAUCACACCGCGCGACACACCGACCUGCUGCCGCCUCCUCGACACCGACCCCCCGCUGCGCCGCUCCGCCGCUCUGCUGCUCAUCAACCCGAUUAAUCGAUACCGGAAUCGAUCGAUCUGAUGUCCACCGCGGUGGAUCAGAACCGGCGCGUGGCCUGCGGCGGGAUCAGCGGCACCGGAGCAGAGAACGAUGACAUCACCGAGUGACGGUCCAGAUCCUCCACGAGCACGAGAGAGCUGAUCGAUCAUCUAUCAGGUGUCCCAGUGCUCCCAGUGCUCCCAGUGCUCGCGGUCCUGUCCAGGAUGCUGCCGGCCUCCAUCCAGAUCACGGGAGAGCUGCUGUCGGCGGCCGAGGUUCAGGACAUAUGCGAGAGCCUGAAGGAGGACAGCGUCCGGCUGCUGUCCGUCCGAGGCUGCCAGCUCUCCGACCGUGAUUUCGGACGCGUCUGCCGCAGCGUCGCAGAGUCACGCUCGCUCGCUCAGCUCAACCUCAACCUGGGCGUCGUCGCCAGCAUCAGCCGGACGCGACACCUGGCCGACGCCCUGAAGACCAACCGGUCGCUGCAGACGCUGUUUCUCCAUGGCAACCCGCUGCUGGACGCCGGCCUGGUGACCUUGAACUCGGCCCUGACGACCCACCCGGCGCUGGUCUGUCUGGAUCUGGGAGACUGCAUGCUGGGAGAUGAGGCGCUGGGUCUGAUCUGUGGGAUGCUGCCGCCCGACGGAGCAAAGUCAGGUCUGAGGGAGCUGACGCUGAGCGCCAACACAGGAAUCAGCUCUAAAGGCUGGUCUCGCCUCGCCAUCGCUGUGGCUCACAGCUCCCAGCUCCGAGUGCUCAACCUGGACUACAACCCGCUGGGUGAUCAGAUCGCAGGGAUGCUGGCGGUUGCCGUGGCGUCCAGCAGAACGCUGGAGGUUCUGGACCUGGAGGGAACCGGACUGACCAACCAAUCAGCACAGGUGUUCCUGGACAUGGUGGAGAACUACCCGACCAGUCUGCGGGUUCUGGUUCUGGCGGAGAACGACAUCAGUCCGGAGCUGCAGCAGCAGAUCUGUGACCUGCUGUCUGAAGGGGAGGAGGACGACGACAGAGAGGCCCCGCCCCUGCAGCCAGGCCACGCCUCCAGCGGCGCCCUGCUGCCAAUCAGAGACAAGUACCAGCCAAUCAGAGACAAGUACCAGCCGCCCGCCUGGCUCCCCCACAGCAACUCCAGCCCCCAGAUGGUCUUGCUGACAUCAGGUCUAGGUGAGAGCUUAUUGGCUGAGACUGAGAUGUGACCCCUCCCACUCACAGACACACCCACACACACACUUCCUGUUAAACUAUUUUCACUUUAUUCUGAUUUGUUUGGUUUGAAUGUUCCCGGUUUGUUUCUCUGCACUGCACUUCUCUGGGUUGUCAGAUCACCUGAUGGCUAGCAGCCAAUCACAUGCUCUGCAUGGUUUGAUGUAGCACCUGUACAUAGAGACGCGAACAGAGCGAGUGGCGGCACAAAACCUUAACGCACCAAGUGACUUACAGACGGUGUUUCAGUGUGUUUCUGAUGAAUGUACUUCUGCUGCUCUGAUGUCACAAUAAUUAAACUGUUUACAGCUUCGUAAGAA